AUGCUACCCACGGCCUCCGGCAGAAGGAGAACAUCUGCGGCCAGAUAUUUUGCCUGCUCCAAAAGCCUGGUGAUGGGGGAGCCGGGCCAGAGCCCCGGGCAGCCCCGCGGCCCCCGGGGGCAGGGCCCCGUGCUGAAGGCAGGCUGGCUGAAGAAGCAGAGGAGCAUCAUGAGGAACUGGCAGCAGCGCUGGUUCGUGCUGCGCGGGGACCAGCUGUUCUACUACAAGGACGAGGCCGAGGCCAAGCCCCAGGGACACAUUUCUCUGCAAGGGACGCAGGUGGCCCAGCGUCUUCCUGGCCCUGAGGACAUGGGGAAGCACCUCUUUGAGAUCAGCCCAGGUGGUGCCGGGGAGCGGGAGAAGGUGCCGGCCAGCCCCGAGGGGCUCCUGCUCAUGGCCAGUUCUCAGCGUGACAUGGAGGACUGGGUGCAGGCCAUCCGCCGGGUCAUCUGGGCCCCGUUUGGUGGAGGGAUCUUCGGGCAGCGCCUGGAGGACACGGUGCACCACGAGCGCAAGUUCGGGCCGCGCCUGGCGCCGCUGCUGGUGGAGCAGUGCGUGGACUUCAUCCGGGCGCGCGGGCUCAGCGAGGAGGGGCUCUUCCGCCUGCCCGGCCAGGCCACGCUGGUGCGGGACCUGCAGGACGCCUUUGACUGUGGGGAGAAGCCGCGGUUUGACAGCACCACAGACGUGCACACGGUGGCCUCCCUGCUGAAGCUCUACCUGCGGGAGCUGCCCGAGCCCGUGGUCCCGUUCGCCAGGUACGAGGACUUCCUCAGCUGCGCCCAGCUGCUCACCAAGGACGAGGGGGAGGGGACUCUGGAGUUGGCCAAACAAGUGAGCAGCCUUCCCCUGGCCAAUUACAACCUGCUCAGUUAUAUCUGCAAGUUCCUGGAUGAGGUUCAGUCCCACUCAGAUGUCAAUAAGAUGAGCGUCCAGAACCUGGCCACCGUGUUCGGACCAAACAUACUCCGGCCACAGAUCGAAGACCCGGUGACCAUCAUGGAAGGCACGUCCCUGGUCCAGCACCUGAUGACCGUCCUGAUCCGCAGUCACAGCCAGCUCUUCAGUGGGAGGGUCCCGGAGGGGCCGGCUGCGGCCCCCGCGGGCCCACCCUGCACCGUGGGCUGGGGCUCGGAGGAGGUUCCGGGAGACAGCCAGGCAGAGCCCGGGGGCCCCCACCUGCCCUCCCUCAGGACCUCAUCCCUGGACGGGGCAGCGGUCGCCACGCUCUCCAGAGGCUCCCCCCGGGGCCGCGGGGGCCGCCCGGCCGCCCGGGGCGCUGGGAAGCGGCUGCAGACGCUGCCCGGCUGGAAGGCCUUUCGGCCAUCGGGGUCUCGGUCCGGCAGCUCGUCCCCGGAGGCCUCCUCCGGCGGGAACUGGCUGGUGAAUGGGCUGUCCUCCCUGCGCGGCCACCGCCGGGCCUCCUCGGGGGACCGGCUCCAGGACGGCGCUGCCCAGAGGCUUUCCACCUACGACAACGUGCCCGCGCCAGGCCCCGGCCCCGGCCCCAGCGAGUGCAGCCUGGCCUGGUCCGGGGGCUCCUCCUGCGGCGCCUCCUCCGGGGGCUCCGUCAGCAGCUGCUCCGCCUGCCGGGCCAGCGACUCCGCCUGCAGCUCCCUGCACCCCGAGGGCACCCCCGAGCCCUCCCCGGCCCCCAGCAGCAGCGAGGAGCUCCGGUCCCCGGACCCGGGCCGCAGCCUGGAGGAGGCGGCCGUCUGCCUCAGCAGCAGCGAGCCCAGCGAGCCCUGCAGCCCGGCCCGCGCCCCCGCGCCCCCCUCCGCGGCUCUCCAGGGCCUGGUGGCCGAGCUGCGGGCGGAGCUGUGCAGGCAGAGGACCCAGCAUGAGCUGAGCGUGAGGAGACUCGAGGACGGUACCACCGAGCUCCGGGAACGGAUGCUGCGGCUGGAGGAGGAGCUGGACCAGGAGAGGAAGAGGUACACCAUGCUGCAGAUCAGGCUGCGGAACUCGGAGCGGGCGCGGGAGGACGCCGAGAGGAGGAACCGGCUGCUGCAGGAGGAGAUGGAGGAGUUUUUCUCCACCCUGGGCAACCUGACUGCGGGGGCCAGAGGGGCCCCACCGUGA